UUACACUUCUGAAGACCUUGUAUAUUAUAUGGUGAAUUUGGUUGUGGACAGCCCACAAGAUGUGUAUGAAGCCAGGGUGGGAGUGAUGCCACUGUUUGCCAGUAUUUCUAUAUGUGAACACCUCCCAAGUAAUGUUCACAAGGCUUUGGAAAUCCUCAUGAACCAUAAAUCAGUCUCACUUGAUUCUGGUGAUUAUUUCAGAAAGCCAUUACUUGCCAUAGCUCAGGAGUUGUUUAAUCUUGGUUAUUGUCAUCCCAAGUUGGUUAAACUGAUCACCAGUCCAGACACCCUGAGUUUAUACUUGUCUAAAUAUUCCAAGGAAGACAAAAAUUACAAGAGGCUGUUGGAGAUAGACCAAGCACUGGGCAAGCUGUUCCAAUCAUCCACCAGAGUGCCAGAGGAAUUCUUAGAAAAUGGGAGAAGGUUAGUAAGGAAUCAGCCAGCUACCAAGUCAGACUUAAAGAUGAUGCUUCACCAGGUGUUGGAUAAUCCACAACACCUCAUAUCAAGUGUCGUCACUCACGAGGAUUCUUACAUUGGUGAGUACAGUACAGAACUCUAUAUAGAUAAUAUAUAGUUUAUAAAUACAGUGGUCCCUCGGUUAA